UAAAAAUGGCGGACAUAUGAAAACAAUUCAACAGUACCCGGUGCACAAUGUAUAAAAUAUUCAUGAAACAGCUGUCACGACAAACUAGAGCUAAGAAUUGUAUACACGCUCUUCCGAAACACGAUGAAAUAUGGAUAUUCAACAGGCUUCACCUAUAAUAAUGAGUUCUAUUUUUCAAAUGCAUAACUUUUGGUGAAUGUUCAUGAAAAAAUCUUCAAAUUUUGUUGCUAAGGCCGCUAAAAUAAGCACGAUUAAAUUGAAAACUUUCGAUGGAUCUUGCAGAUGUGAAGGUGGAAACGAUAAUGUUAAAAUUUCUAAAACUGCUGUCCGAUCUCAUUCAAAUCGCCGCUUUUUGACAUGCAAACUUUAAAUGUUUGGCCAAUGAUUCUAAAACUUGGAUGACAUGUUGAGACAGGCAACAUCUCGAAACGCGACAGGAAGUCUCGAACACAUUGUACAUUCAAGUUAUCAAGAUGGACUUCGUGCCAAGAUAUUUGACUCACUAACGUGACUAUUAUUUGUCCAAAAGGGUCAAAUUCAAAGAUAGCUGUGAUAUCCUGAUACCUAAAAACAUGGGGACAUUGUUUGAAUGUCUCCGGGAGGCACGUCUUGAGAAAUAUUAUCCAACACUUCGAGUGAAUGGGAUCACAAAAUCUGAAUCACUGGCAAAACUCACUCUGGAAGACUGUGAAGCUAUUGGUGUAACAUCAACGGAGGAUAAAAGGAGACUUAUUGAGCUGAUAAAUAUUAUAAAAUCUGUGCACCAGUCUGAAUCUCCUAAUGUAACUCCACCUAGAACAAAUGCAGGGGCCAGACCAUCCUCGGCACGGAAACGGAAUAGAAGUCCAGCGUACACUGCACAGUCACAGAUGUCAGGGUAUGCACUCAGUGCUACCAAUAACGUAAGGGUGAGGGAAAACCAACCCACAGCUCAAGCUCACUCUGGUAAUCAAUUUCUCUCAAGGGCAGAAAUAUUUGACUUAGUUUCAAGUUCAGAUGAAUCAAGUUCAGAAGGAUCGGCACAUUCAGAUUACGAGCCUGCAAAGAAACAUCUGAAUGCUGCAUCAGUGUCACCACCUCCACCUCGAAUCCGCAAAUCAGCUGUAAGUCGAGUUCGACAAAGUGGAUAUAAUUACGGUGUCCCUAAAGCCGGGAGUAUUGCUCAAUCUGUUAGUAAAACUAAGGCACGAGGUGCCGAAGGGGGUCUCCUUGGAGAUGAGAGGAUACGAGUGUGUGUAAGGAAACGACCAAUGAACAAGCGGGAAAUUAAGAACAAGGAGGAGGACAUAUGUAAAGCAGAAAGUACGACAACACUGACAGUCAACGAACCAAAGCAAGCUGUGGAUCUCACUGCCUACACACUGGAACAUGAAUUCAUCUUUGAUGAAGUAUUUGAUGAGAAAUGCAGCAAUGAAGAUGUAUAUGUCAGAGCAGCUAGACCCCUCGUCAGUAACAUAUUUACAGGUGGUAGUGCAACAUGUUUUGCUUACGGACAGACAGGAGCAGGAAAGACCCACACGAUGAUUGGCACACGUGACGUACCAGGACUCUACCUCCUAGCGUCACAUGACAUCUUUUCCAUCAUUGAGUCCAAACAAUAUGGCUCUGAUCUUAAAGUAUGGGUCAGCUUUUUCGAAAUUUAUUGUGGACAGCUGUUUGAUUUGCUCAACAAACGUAACAGACUACAUGCACGAGAGGAUGGAUCUCACCACGUGUGUAUAACAGGUCUAACGGAGACACAAGUCCAAAAUGUAGCCGCCAUUAUGCAGGUGCUGGAGUACGGUAAUUCUGUGCGCAGUAAGGGGGUGACCGGAGUAAAUCCUGAUUCCUCUCGGUCACAUGCUGUCCUACAGAUAGAGAUCAGAAACAGCCAGGAUAAACGGGUGGGAAGGAUGUCAUUCAUUGACCUGGCCGGGAGUGAGAGAGCAUCGGACAUGACAGAAACAGACAGGCAGACACGCAUGGAAGGAGCAGAAAUAAACCAAAGCCUUCUAGCUCUGAAGGAAUGCAUACGUUCUAUUGACCAGGACAGUAAACAUACACCGUUCCGACAGAGCAAGCUGACUCACAUCCUGAAAGACUCCUUUGUUGGAAACUCACGUACCUGUAUGAUAGCCAACUUCUCUCCCACCAACAUAUCUGGUGAACACACUCUCAACACACUCAGAUAUGCUGACAGGGUGAAGGAAUUGCGACGAGAUCCUGGGGCUGGGGGAACAAGAGCCAGUCUAGCCACUAACAUACUGAUGAACAUCCCUCUACAGGCGCCAUCUGUCUUUCAACCUUCCAAUGUCCUCUGUUCUUCCACGCCCAUGCGACACCGCUCAUCACGUCAAAGCAGCAGUCGUGUAGUGUCAGAUAUAGCACUUGACCCCAAUGAAACCCCAAUCAAGGGUCAUGGAAUGAGGAGGAAAGUUGUUCCCAAAAAUAUUGCUAAAUCCGAGUCUUCAAAGCCAAGCCGCUCUGUUGCCAGUCGCCUGUCUGUUGUCCGCCAUACAGGACCUAGUAAGUCAUCUUCACCAGUCACAUCACGUCGCAAUCUUAGAGCAGAAGCAGCUUGUCAGGAUUCAUCAACAGACGAUACGCCUGAACACACAGAGUCCGACUCUAACAACAUCACCGUGCCAAACCGACAGAGAGUCGGGAUCGGAGCUAGCAAUGUCCCAAUCACACACUCACAAGACACAGACAAUGACUUUCCUACAACUGACUUCAACAAUGAAGAAAUGCUCAAUGAUCUUAAUAAGACUGGUGGGAAGCGAACUGAAACUGGCCAGACCAUGCCCAUGGGAGAAACGUCUACAGCAACAGCCUCUCAAGCUGUUACGGGUGGAGUGCACCUGUCAACGGCGGGGCAUCCCCUCCCUAUGAUCGAACAGGGCAAGGCAUCUCAUGGAGCAUCUAGUUGUACAAACAAUCAUGCCAUCCCCAUUUUAAGGAAUAAAAAGUAUACUGAGUCGCCUAGAGUGACAAUUGCAUCAGUUUCCUCCACAGGAGCAGAUCAACCUUCACCUUCCUCCAGAAAUAUUCAGGGAUCAGGGUCAUCUGGUGCUGUAGCCAAAGGACCUAAAGUGUCUGACACUCUCCCCCAGCGACAUUCUCGCCCUUCUUCAGAGUUCAACGAUAGUUUUGAGGAUGAUCUGCUGUUUGAAGGAACCAACAGAGUACCAGAUAGUGCUAGGGGUUAUCCACGGAAACCAUCAACAGGGGAGUCAAACCUACAGAAUUCAGGAGGAGAUAAUAAUUCUCCUAAUCUUGGACUCAGUCGUGGACGGGAUGCUCCAUUCAAAGUACCACAGGAUAAUUUGACCACUCCAGCCAUCCCAGCAGUGCUGACUGCCAUCAGUAGUGACCUCACUACAUUUUCUCAAAGAUCUCCAGGAAGAAUUGGUAAUAACCGUUUCCACAAACCUGAGCCCCCUCAAGGUUUACCCUCAAACAACCGUCCUCCAUUUACUAAAGAGAAAACGAGUGAAAACCCCAUGGCGUCACGUCCCCGCAUCCUGCGGACUCCUCCGCCAGUGGUGUCCGAGUCUCUGAUGGAAUCUCCCGAAUAUCAGGGAAGAUCCAAAGUGUCUGCCCCAUUUUCUGUAUCACAUCAACCCUAUAGAAACUUUAAUGAUAAUGGGGCCAACACUAAUAGAUUGUCUCCGCAUAAUGUAGCAAGGCAGACUAAUGUUAGAGAAAAUAAUCGGGACAAUAUAGAUCAGGAAGUUGAACUCCCUUCUACAGGAGAAUGGUAUGCUACCCCUGCACACUUUGAUACCCAUAUGUCAGUGCAAAAAUCCAGCAAUUUUGUUUCUCAGUCUUCUUCUAAACUACAACCAGGUGCUUUCUUUAGUAAAUACAAAGAAUUUACCAGCAACAUUACGCCAGAGAAACCAUAUGAAGAUUACUUUGACGAGGAGGAAACAGAAAUCAAAGGGGUGGAUGGUGACAUGUCGGAGUUUCUGACAGUUCAAAGACGACAAACUACCCCAGAAAAUCGUAAGGUAGAUACUGCGUCACGUCAAAAUGUAGCUAGUCGUCUACGUUCAGUGUUUUUCAAACCACCAUCAGAAAAUUCAGAACUUCAUGGACCAUCCACAUCAAAACCGAGUGAAAGUAAGUCUGUGACAAGUGACAGUGGGCUGGCGGUGUCGGUCAGUGACAGCCCUCAGGCAGUGCGUACAUGCUGGGACAGUAGUACAAAUCCUGUACUAAACGUUCCAUCUCCACAGAGUAUUACCAUUCCCACACUCCUACAAGGAAGUUCCCACAAUCUCCUGGAAAUCGAUAAAAUUCCUGCAUUGUUUGAUCCAAGCAACAAAGAAAAUAUCUUGGCAACUAAAUACCAUCAAGAUGGUACUGUGUCUUUCAGUUCUUCUUCUUCACACGACAGUCGCUCAGAGAACAGUGUUGCAUCAGGCGGACGUUCCGCUAACAACAGUAGUGCUAUAAAAACAGAGAAGUUGACGGUGGGAUCAGCAUUUUCACCAAUUCACCCUCAACCUGUCACGUCGUCCAAUCGGCUGACAAAGAGUGUGGCCGUGGGAAUAGUCAGUAAGGACAUUCUUCAACCGAAGGCUUUGACCAUGUCAACAGACAACGCUGGAAAUGGACGCAGACGAACCAUAAGUGACGAGUCCAUUCCAACAGAUCCGAGACAAAGACUGAUAUCAGCCCACGAAGACCAGUUGGCCGUAGUUACCUCCCUUUGUAAAUUAGAGAUGAAGCUGUUGUUAGGUGCUAAAGCUGGAACUAAGACGUAUGAUGAAUAUGUUGACAAAGUCAGCAACAUUUUGAGUCAGAAGAUGGCCGCCAUGCAGCUACUACAGGAACAUAUCAAAUCCUACACUGCAUUCCAGGUUCAUCGUGGGGCUGAUAGUUCAUAACUAUAGCCCUCCUCUCUGUCAGGGGCUGCUGAUAGUUCAUAACUAUAGCCCUCCUCUCUGUCAGGUGCUGACUACCCUUCUACAUAGAAACUCUUCUACAUAGAAGUCUUCUCAGGAUCAGCACUUCUGUUUGUUUGAAUCUUGUGGUGACGUUCCUCCUUUAGAUAGAAUGAUAAAAAUUACACUGUUAACAAAUAAAUCUAAGAAUUGAGGAUUUACUGCUGAAGUAGGAAGAUAUUAAAUUGAGUCUUUAUGGUAAUACCAGGUUAAGAAACUACAAAUCCUUGUUAACCUGAACCCUUGAUGAGAUAAUCAUUUCGCUAGAGAGUGAUCUUAUUGAACUUUUGGUAGCCAUCACCAACUUGGAAUUUUUUUGUUCCAGAUUUCUUUCAAGAAAUUGCACCUUUUUUAUGUUGAAAAGAUUUCCCAAUACAUGUGAGUCGAGAGGCCAGAGAACACCAUCCUACAGGGAGUUGUAUGUUAUGUUUUUGUCAAUUCUAAACCAUAGUUUUAUGUUAGGGAGAAGAAAUUGUCGAAUAUAACGCCAACAUUCAGUAUUUAUUUAUUAAUAUAUUUCCUGAAACAGGUUUUACAUGUUAAAACAUUUUGUAUCACAUAUAUUCUUUGUUAGAAUUUAGGCAAGAGUAUUAUUAACGUUUCAUACUGUUAACAUUUCAUAAAAAAGAGAUGUUAAAAUUUGAUUUAGAUAGUACCAAGUUUUCUUAUUUAACUCUGUGAUGCCACAAUGCUUUAAAAUAUUUCCCAUCGACACCUGUUUCAUACUUGUUUUUUAUUUUAUUUAAUUGUUAUCCAACACCAUCAAAAUGAAAACAAUGUAUCUGUGGUGUAAUUCUAGGCAGCGUUACUCAUUAGCUGCUAGAUGUUAAUAGAUUUUGUAUGAGGAUAAUAUAGAUAUUUAUUUUGAAGACUGAGCAAAUGACAGUGUUGUAAAAUGUUAUAUGUACAGGUUGUUUUUCAAGAUUGUUACAUUUUUUAAAAGUGAAUUUUCCCGAACAUGAAUUGAAUUGUUUGAUGAAAUCUUGAGACAGAUUGAUUUACUGGCAUUAAGAGGCCUGGGUUAUUGAGACAGGUAUGGCCUGGGUCAUUGAGACAGGUAUGGCCUGGGUCAUUGAGACAGGUAUGGCCUGGGUCAUUGAGACAGGUAUGGCCUGGGUCAUUGAGACAGGUAUGGCCUGGGUCAUUGAGACAGGUAUGGCCUGGGUCAUUGAGACAGGUAUGGCCUGGGUCAUUGAGACAGGUAUGGCCUGGGUCAUUGAGACAGGUAUGGCCUGGGUCAUUGAGACAGGUAUGGCCUGGGUCAUUGAGACAGGUAUGGCCUGGGUCAUUGAGACAGGUAUGGCCUGGGUCAUUGAGACAGGUAUGGCCUGGGUCAUUGAGACAGGUAUGGCCUGGGUCAUUGAGACAGGUAUGGCCUGGGUCAUUGAGACAGGUAUGGCCUGGGUCAUAGAGACAGGUAUGGCCUGGGUCAUUGGGACAAGUACAGCUGUGUUGGUAGAGUCAGGGUUACAUACAGAGUACAUGGUCAGGUGUUCAACAGGUAAGGUUUCUAGCACUGAUCAGUUACAUACAACUUACAAGGUACAUGUAGGUCUAGAAGAGUUAUUUCCCUUUGUCUUCAUUAUAACUUGAGAUUAUAAUGGUCACAUUUGUAGCCCAGAGAGAUAAUGUUUGGCUAGCACAUUCAUUUAUUUUGCAUUUAGUUUAAAGAUGUUUAUACCGGUAUCACAGAUUUUGUUAUUUAUUAGUCGAAGGAUAAUUUGUCUCAUUUUAUUAAAUUGCUUAUAAAGUAGUAAAUUCUCAAGUCUGUAUAGUUUUACAUACUUAAGAUAUCAAUAAGUAUCUUUGCAAGAUUUGAAUUAAGAUUGUAACAUCACAGUCAAGAUAACCAAUGUUUUACAUUUUGUUCAUUUCUUUUUAAAUACAUAUUUUUCAAUGACAUCAUCAAAUUACGUUUUUGGUUAUCAAAUUCUGAUUUCAGUUUCAUAGCCUGUAUGCAUGAAAUUCAUAAAAAACUUGUUUGAAUGUUAAAUAUAUGUAAGUCCCACUUUUAUGCAGCUCUGUGACCUGACAUAUAUUUACAGGAUGUCUUACAGUUUGGGGAGCAACCGUUUGUCAAUUUUGAACACUUUAGUUUUCCAAAGAUAAUCUGUUAAAAACAAACUUAUUUUGAUGAAAAUUAGUAAAUAUGUACAAUAAGCAACUUUGGUUGGUUGAUGGUUUCCGUAAAAUAAUUUAAUAAAAUAAGAAAUUUGAUCAAUAGCUAUACUAUACAAAGAUUGAACUUGAGGGAAAUCUGCCUGUUAUUAAAAACUUUAAAGUAGCAUAUAAUUAUAAUGAGGCAAAUUUUAGCACUUUACAAAAUAAAAUCGUUCAGAAUCAGAACUAAAUGCUCUAUAAUAACAUGAGUGUUUACUUAGGUACAUUUACAUGUACAGUCCUGUGAUUCCAUUCAUUAAUGUAUGAACUUAUUUUAUGUGAAAUGUUUCUUGAUAUGUCAUAAAUCAAUGCAUUUAUUUAUAUUUUGUCAAACAUUUACAUUUUGUAAUAUAUUUUGUAGUGACGAUAGUGUGUGUGGCUAUACAUUAAUUCAUUCCAUCCAGAACAGUUUUCCGUCCACCAAUGGAAUUACAACGAGUACCUUAUAUAUUACCAGGGGUAGGGGUGGGAUUUAGGAGGUUUGAUCCAUACUCCAUGAACAGAGAACCGUUCAUGUUGCUUAACUUCAAGACAUGAAUAUCAUUGUCAACCCUAUUGUCAAAAAUGCUAGUUCGUGUCUUUGAUUAUUACAUGUAUACCUUGCACUACAAAUUAGGUGUUCUUGGCACUAACGGAAAUCCAUUUUGAAGAGCACAUCAAAUGAAUAAAAAGAGGAAAGGAAAUUUUAUGUAAAUGCCUAUACCAAAAAUUCAUAAAAACACAUUUCUUCUGAGAAACGCUUUCUAUUUCAUGAUAAUAUAUACUAAUUGUUAUUUUUACUCAAGAGAUAAAUUCGUUACAGUGCUAAGUUGUAGGGGGCCUGAGGUGGGGUGGGUUUAGAUGUCAAUUUUUUUACAGAAAAACAGAUGGGAGUGACAAUUAUUUGUGUAGGCAGGCCUAUCAUGACUAAUACAAUGCAUAUCCAGUGGGACCUAGUUAGUGGUCCACUGUUGCAUUACUUUUUAGAGACAAAAGAUUUAGGUAUGCUGUAUUCAGUCUUAAAAAAGACAUUUAUGGGAACUGAACUUUGUUCCUUGGUUAUGUUACAAAAAACGUUUACAUGUUACAUAUUGUAAAUUUCUGUAAGGUGAUAUUAUACUGCAAACCUGUGACAUGUGAUAAUUCAUUUCAGGUAUUUAUGUACCUUGUUAUCUUGAAAUAAAGUCUGGAAAACAAA